AUGGCGCAAGAAAAUGCGGCCUUCUCACCGGGGCCGGAGGAGCCACCGCGGCGUCGCGGCCGCCAGCGCUACGUGGAGAAGGACGGCCGGUGCAACGUCCAGCAGGGCAACGUCCGCGAGACGUACCGCUACCUGACCGACCUGUUCACCACGCUCGUGGACCUGCAGUGGCGCCUCAGCCUCCUCUUCUUCGUGCUCGCCUACGCGCUCACCUGGCUGUUCUUCGGCGCCAUCUGGUGGCUGAUCGCCUACGGACGCGGGGACCUGGAGCACCUGGAGGACACGGCGUGGACGCCGUGCGUCAACAACCUCAAUGGUUUUGUGGCCGCCUUCCUCUUCUCCAUUGAGACCGAGACCACCAUCGGCUACGGGCACCGCGUCAUCACCGACCAGUGCCCCGAGGGCAUCGUGCUGCUGCUGCUGCAGGCCAUCCUCGGCUCCAUGGUGAACGCCUUCAUGGUGGGCUGCAUGUUCGUCAAGAUCUCACAGCCCAACAAGCGCGCCGCCACGCUCGUCUUCUCCUCUCACGCGGUGGUGUCCCUGCGCGACGGGCGCCUCUGCCUCAUGUUCCGUGUGGGCGACCUGCGCUCCUCGCACAUUGUGGAGGCGUCCAUCCGCGCCAAGCUCAUCCGCUCGCGCCAGACCCUGGAGGGCGAGUUCAUCCCGCUGCACCAGACSGAUCUCAGCGUGGGCUUCGAUACCGGUGACGAUCGCCUCUUCCUGGUCUCCCCUCUUGUCAUCAGCCAUGAGAUCGAUGCUGCCAGCCCCUUCUGGGAGGCGUCGCGACGUGCUAUGGAGAGAGACGACUUCGAGAUCGUGGUCAUCCUAGAGGGCAUGGUGGAAGCAACGGGAAUGACAUGCCAAGCUCGGAGCUCCUACCUGGUGGAUGAGGUGUUAUGGGGCCACCGCUUCACAUCAGUGCUGACCCUGGAGGAUGGCUUCUACGAGGUGGACUAUGCCAGCUUCCACCAGACUUUUGAAGUGCCCACGCCCUCAUGCAGUGCCCGGGAGCUGGCAGAGGCUGCAGCCCGCCUUGACGCCCAUCUCUACUGGUCUAUCCCCAGUCGGCUGGAUGAGAAGGUGGAGGAGGAGGGGGCAGGGGAAGGGGCAGGGGGGGAAGCUGAGGCUGACAAGGAACAGAAUGGCUGCCUUCCACCCCCAGAGAGUGAGUCUAAGGUGUGA